GCGCGAAGAUGGCGGCGGCAGCGGCGGCGGGCCCCGGGGCGCCCCAGGCACCGAGCUCGCUGCUGCUCGUGGUGGGCGGCGAGUGCGGGUGCUCGGGGCUGCUUACCUAUGUGUUGGAGGAGCUCGAACGAGGUAUCCGGUCUUGGGACAUUGACCCUGGCAUUUGCAGCCUUGAUGAGCAGCUCAAGGUUUUCGUGUCCCGGCACUCCGCCACCUUCUCCAGCAUCGUGAAAGGCCAGCGGAGCCUUCACCACCGCGGAGACACCCUGGAGACCCUGGUCCUCCUGAACCCAUCAGACAAGUCCCUAUGUGACGAGCUCCGGAAUCUUCUGCUUGACCCUGCCCCUCACAAGCUGCUGGUACUGGCUGGGCCCUGCUUGGAAGAGACAGGGGAGCUGCUACUCCAGACAGGGGGCUUCUCGCCCCGCCACUUCCUCCAGGUCCUAGGGGACAGAGAGAUCCGGGAUCUCCUGGCAUCCACACCCCCACCUGCAGACCUUCCCAAGCUCACCAUCACCUGCCCGACCUUCGGCGACUGGGCCCAGCUGGCGCCUGAAGGGCUUGGCCUCCACAGCGCGCUCCGGCUGCGGUGGAACCCGCCCAUGCAGCUGCCGGCGUCCGAGGGCCUGCGCGAGUUCCUGGAGUACGUGGCGGAAUCGCUGGAGCCACCGUCUCCCUUUGAGCUGCUCGAGCCGCCAGCGUCCGUGGGCUUCCUCAGGCUCGCCCGGCCCUGCUGCUACAUCUUCCCUGGCGGCCUCGGCGACGCCGCCUUCUUCGCCGUCAAUGGUUUCACCGUGCUGGUCAAUGGUGGUUCCAACCCCAAGUCGAGCUUUUGGAAGCUGGUGCGGCACCUGGAUCGGGUGGACGCCGUGCUGGUGACCCACGCGGGCGCCGACAGCCUCCCAGGCCUCAACAGUCUCCUGCGGCGCAAGCUGGCAGAGCGCGAGGAGGCGGCGGCCGGUGGGGGAUCCGGGGACGACCGGCUUCGCCGGCUCAUCUCCCCCAACCUGGGGGUUGUGUUCCUCAAUGCCCGCGUUGCCGCCUCGCGCCUCAUGAGCGGCGAGGACGAGGCGGAGCUGGCCCUGAGCCUCCUGGCCCGGCUGGGCAUCACACCGCUGACUCUGAACCGCGGGCCGCUCCCGGCCGAGCCCACCGUGCUCUUCCAGAAGAUGGGUGUGGGCCGGCUGGACAUGUACGUGCUGCACCCGCCCGCGGCCGCUGCCGACCGCCCGCUGGCCUCUGUGUGCGCCCUGCUGGUGUGGCACCCCGCGGGCCCCACGGAGAAGGUGGUGCGCGUGCUGUUCCCUGGCUGCACUCCGCCCGCCCGCCUUCUGGACGGCCUGGUCCGCCUGCAACACUUGGGCUUCUUGCGGGAGCCCGUGGUGACCCCCCAGGACUUAGUGGGGCCUCGACGAGCCGAGAGCAAGGAAAGCGUGGGCUCCCGGGACAGCUCGAGAAGAGAAGGCCGGACAACAGCACCCAGCAGGCCGGCCCAGGAGCGCCCCGGGCUGGCCCGCAAGGACCUGCCUCGGGUUGAGGCCCCCCGCAGGGCUGAGAAAGAAGCCAGGGUCCCCCGGGAGGUGAAGAAGGACCCCAAGCCAAGCGCCCUUCGGACCCAGCCCCGGGAGGUACGCCGGGCAGCCUCUUCUUCAGGGAGUGUGAAGAAGGCGGGUGCCCCGGCCCCCCCCAGGUCCCGCAGAGCACCCAAUAUCCCCCGCCCAGGGGUCCCGCCGGCGGAGAAUGGGCCCCGCAGCCCCCCUAGCUUCCGGUGUGGAGAGGCCAGCCCCCCAGCAGAGGCCUGUAGUUCCCCAGCCCCCCGGCUGGUGGACACGCCCAGCCAGGAGAGCAGCCUGGAGCUGGGGCUAAGCCCGGCCGGGGAGGGUGGCGGCGCCUUGGAGGAGAAGGCGCUGGAACUGCUUUUGGGUGCCAGCGCCCCCCGGCCACGUACACCCUCGCCUACCGGAGCCCAGCAGGGCCCGACGGAGGGCAGCGGGCGGCUGUCGCUGAGCCCGCUGCGCGGCGGGGAGGCUGGGCCAGAUGCCUCACCCACAGUGACCACGCCCUCGCUGCCCGCUGAGGUGGGCUCCCCACACUCCACGGAGGUAGACGAGUCCCUGUCCGUCUCCUUCGAGCAGGUGCUGCCGCCGCCACCUGCCACCACGGGCGAAGCGGGGCUGAGCCUCCCACUUCGUGGCCCCCGGGUCCGGCGAUCGGCCUCCCCACACGAUGUGGACCUCUGCCUGGUGUCACCCUGCGAGUUUGAGCACCGAAAGGCUGUGCCCAUGGCACCAGCACCUGCAUCCCCUGGCAGCUCCGAUAGCAGUGCUCGGUCCCAGGAGCGGGCAGAUGCUCCAGGGGCUGAGGAGACACCGCCCACGUCCGUCAGCGAGUCCCUGCCCACCCUGUCUGACUCAGACCCCCUGCCUGCCGCCCCCGGCCCUGCGGACUCAGACGAGGACAUGGAGGGCUUCGGGGUCCCUCGCCGCGACCCCCUGCCCGAGGCCCUCAAGUUCCCCCCACCGCUGCCCACCCCACCCAGCAUCUGCAUGGUGGACCCCGAGAUGCUGCCCCCUGAGCAGGCCCGGCCGACAGAGGGCCUCAGCCGUACCCGGAAGUCCCUGGCCCGCUCUAACCCCAGCGCUGCCGCCACCAAAGCCACUCCAGCGACCACGGCCAAAACCAGGGGACUGGCUGGAGGAGACCGGGCCGGUCGGCCGCUCAGCACCCGGAGUGAGCCCAGCGACAAGGGAGGUCGGGUACCUUUGUCCAGAAAGUCCUCAGUCCCCAAGACGACCGCUCGGGGCCCCUCUGGGUCAGCUGGCAGCCGACCAGGGGGGUCAGCAGCCCCUCCCGGCUCCCCUGUCUACCUCGACCUGGCCUACCUGCCCAGCGGGAGCAGCGCCCGGCUGGUGGACGAGGAGUUCUUCCGGCGGGUGCGUGCACUCUGCUAUGUCAUCAGUGGCCAGGACCAGCGUAAGGAAGAGGGCAUGCGGGCCGUCCUGGACGCACUGCUGGCUGGCAAGCAGCAGUGGGACCGUGACCUCCAGAGGCAGCAGGGCUCAGAGAGGCUAAGCUGUGUCCCCAAGGCCAUGGAAACAAAGGCAUACGCAGAGGUGUCCACUUCGUCUGUCUGCAGCAGCCUGGGUGCAUGUGCUGGGCAGGACUGGUGUGAUGGGCCAGGAGGAAGAGGCGAGGUGUCAGUGCAGCUGACAAAGGGGAGAAUUGAGCCUGUGGGCUGGGGUUGUCCCCAGAGGAGGCCUGGAAGCAGAGCCUUGGAGCGUGAGGUGACCCUGAUCCCCACCUUUGAUUCCCUGGCGCUGCAUGAGUGGUACGAGGAGACGCAUGCGCGGCACCAGGCGCUGGGCAUCACCGUGCUGGGCAGCAACAGCACCGUGUCCAUGCAGGACGAGGCCUUCCCCGCCUGCAAGGUGGAGUUCUAGCUCCAGGCCAGCCUCCCGCCCCCACCCCACCCCCGCCCCAGCCCGGAGUCGGCCGCUGCCUGAGACUCCCCUGCAUCAGAAAUAAACCAGGUACCCCACUCGGCCGUGGCCUCCAUUCCUUCUGCUGACAGGAGACUUGGCAACGUCCGGGGCUGUUGUCAUCACUGUGCCGGCCCCCAGUUCGGGGGGAGGCACGCUCUGGCCUCCGUGUGGCGGAUGGGAACCCCCCUGCCCGGGGGAGGGUGUGCCUCUCUGGCAGGGACCACCGGCAGCUGUUCGUGCUGCUGACCUUGAGGAGCUGAUUUUCCCCGUGGGGAAGCUGGUUCCCCUGGGCAGCCGCUGGACCCCCACCACACACCAGUCCGUGACCAAGGUGAGAUUUGAACCCCAGGCUCUGUGCUCCAAAGCUGGAAAACAGGUUCCUCUCCGUUUCUAGAGAUGACUGAUGCUCCUGGCCGGGAGUCCCAUGCUACAGAGAGGUCUUAAAGAAGAAUCGGAAACCCAGUGGUCACAAAACGUCAGUUCCUGAAGACCCCCCUUCCCUGCACUCUGCACAUGUGCACAUUCGAGGAUGUGCCACGUGCCCUGGUGUGGAUGGCGACCCAGAAAGCGUACAUCUGUCCUGUCACCCGAUGUCCGGGAGUGUCACCGAGUAGAGAGAUGGAAUUAAGUGAGGGAUCUUGGGAUUAUCUGGAUGGGCCCUAAACCCAAUGACAGGUGUCCUUAUAAGAGACAAAAGAGGUGACAUUGAGAGAGGAAGGCCGCGUGGAGAUGGAGGCAGAGAUUGGGGCGAUGGGGCCACAAGCCGAGGAGCACUGGAGCCUCCAGAAGCUGGGAGGGGUGAGGAGUGGUCCUCCCCUAGAACUUUCUGAAGGAACCAACCCCGCUGGCAACUUGAUUUCAGAGGCAGCCUCCAGAAGUGUGUGAGAGUGAACCGUUGUUUGGGGUACUUUGUGACGGCGGCCCCAGAGGAGCUGGGGGGCACACGGCUCCCUUCCCUGGCCGCGGUGGCCCGAAUCACCGCGUGUGGCUGCGGAGCGUCUCCCGCCGAGGACUCGGAGUUUCUCGCAGCUCUGGAGGCUGGAAGUCAGGGUGCCCGCAGGGCCGGGGUCUGGUCAGGAGGCUCCCUGGCUUGCACAUGGCUGCCUUCUGGCCGGGUGCUCACAUGGAGCGGGAGGGGCGUGGGGGCACGUUCUCUGACCUCCCCUUCUUAGGAGAGCACUGACCCCGUUGCGAGCCCCCCCUUCACUACCUGCUGAUCUCCCAGAGUCCCCACGUCCAGAGACACUGUCACGACACCAUCACGAUGGGGAGUUGGGCUUAAACAUAGGAGUUGAGGCGGGGGGUCUGUAUGGUUAGGGCUCAGCCUGUCAGUAUCCAGCGUCUGGUUGGACUGGCCCCUGUGGUUGCACACCCUUCAGCAACACCCAUCAGGAAACUGAAAAAAGUAAAGGUUUCUUACCAACAAGACCUGGAGCUCCCACAGCACCCCCAGGGCGGGCCACACAGUGAGGGGGUGGGAGGUUCCCUGGCUGGGCCUCUGCUUUUACUGGGGUCCAGGAUGGGGGCGUGGGGUUCCCAGGGCUCAUUGCUUAUGGUAAAACUAAAACAUAGGAGUGGGAAUUUAAAGCGCCAGAAGGGAAAAAACAAGUGGCCCCAAAGGCCAGUUCUCAAAAGCAACCAAGAGCUCUCAAACAAGGCAGCCUGGGGGGCGGGGGGGGGCCGGAGAGCUGGCUGUUUAUCGAGCGGUGUGGCUGGCAGAUAGGUUUAUUCCAGAUAGCUACCUUUGAAACGGAUGCCUGGGCAAUCAAAGCUUAAGUCAGACACUUACAUUACAAGAAGAAAAAGAAAACACCCAGGGGGCACACAGUUCAGGCCAGAGCUGUCAGCGGCAGCAGGCAGGGAGAUGGCUACAAAGGGUUGGUGUGGGGGACCUGACUGCUUCCUGUGGGCGCCACCGAACUGGUGUCGGGCUGUCUUCAUGUGGGAUGUUGGGGCUUGACGGGGCCAGGCUGUUGGGAAGUGCAGACGGACGUCAGGAGAGCCCGUCCGGGACCCACAGGGAUGGGACCCACCAGGGCGCUGUGGGUGGGGCCGGGGCCCAGCUCAGCACACAACGGCCCCGGGGAACAGGGGAGCAGCAGUCUGGGGGGGCUGCUCAGCACCUGGGACCUGGAUCUGCGACCCUGCGCCCACUUGGUUGUCGCUGCACCCGCCUCCCACCGCUCACAGGGAAGGGGAGUGCUGGUGUUUCGCUGGGCAUGGUGUGUGGUGUGGGGACAGCCGGCUCCCCCACUUCCGCUGCCGGGCAUGCAGGCUGUGGCCCCUUGCCCGCUUUUUCCUGUUGCCAGGUAAGGGUGGGCUUCUCAGCCCCGGGCGUUAGGGUGGGUCACUGUGUAUACAUGAGGCCACACGGCCCAAGGUUUCACUUUGGCCAAAUGCCGAGUGACAGGUGCCACCUCCCAUUCUCAUUUCAUUUGUUUUAUUACUAGGGAGGUUUUCUAAAAUGUAUUUUAUCUGUAAUGGGCUGCUUCGACUGUUUUAUUACAUGGGCAUCUUUUUUUCAGUUAUACAUCAUAAUUUUGCUUUUU